ACGACCCUCCACACUCGCACCGAAUCAUUCGCCCCCUGCCUCCGACACUCGAAAAGAAGAAGAAGAAGAAUUUGAAGAAGAAGAAAGAAAUUACGAGAGAGAGAGAGAGAGAGAGAGAGAGAGAGCCGCAAAUACUCAGCAAAUCAAACUCCCUUUCUCUGUAUCCAAAUCCUUCAAUCACUGAGCUGUGAUCUCCUUGUUCUUUUUCUAAAAAUAGCGAGGGUGUUUGAUUUAUUCCAAUUGUAAGCCAAGAGGACUGGGUCGAGUGGGUUCUGGAACACUGGUGGAAUUUUGCGUCGGUGUUUGUAUAUGUAUAAAUGUAUUGGAUGGUUCGGGUUCCGAGGAGAAGAAUUGAGGGAUUUCUUUAGUUUCAGAGGAGAGCGCCUCCGGAAUAUGCAUUUCACUGCUGAGCAAUUUAGAGUUCAUUUAGUAGACUUCGGCUAUAGCACUGUGCAGAAGUCUAAAGGACAUUACUGAAGGGGAGUUCUGUUGCAAAUGUCGAAGUCUCUCUCCCCUGAACCAAGGGAGUCUGAAUCCUCAUCUACUUCAAAGCCUAGAGAUUCAAAUGGAAGAGCAGAUAUGGAUGAUCCAGAGAAAGCAAUGGCUACUGUUGCUCGUCUUAUUGAACAGCUACAUGCUAAGAUGUCUUCACCACAUGAAAAGGAGCUUACUACGGCACGUUUGCUAGGAAUUGCGAAAUCUAGAAAGAAAGCACAGAGUCUUAUUGGUUCGCAUGUUCAAGCAAUGCCAUUGUUCAUAUCCAUUCUUAGGAAUGGCACUAUUCUGGCAAAAGCAAAUGUUGCUGCAACGUUGAGCAUCCUUUGCAAGGAUGAAGAUUUACGAUUGAAGGUGCUUUUGGGUGGAUGUAUCCCACCAUUACUCUCACUUUUGAAAUCAGAGUCAAUUGAGGCAAGGAAGGCAGCAGCAGAAGCAUUAUAUGAAGUUUCAUCUGGUGGACUUUCUGAUGAUCAUGUAGGUAUGAAAAUAUUUAUUACAGAAGGUGUAGUGCCGACAUUAUGGGAGCAGCUUAAUUCAAAAAAGAAGCAGGACAAAGUUGUGGAGGGGUUUGUUACCGGGGCUUUGAGAAAUCUCUGUGGUGACAAAGACGGGUAUUGGAGAGUGACACUUGAGGCUGGAGGAGUUGAUAUUAUUGUGGGGCUGCUUUUAUCAGACAAUGUUACUGCUCAAUCCAAUGCAGCCUCUCUAUUGGCCCGUUUGAUGUUAGCUUUCAGUGAUAGCAUCCCCAAAGUUAUAGAUUCUGGUGCAGUUGAAGCUUUACUUCGACUUGUGGGCCAGGAAAAUGAUAUUUCUGUUCGUGCCAGUGCAGCUGAUGCUUUGGAGGCUCUUUCCUCAAAGUCAACCAAGGCAAAGAAAGCUAUUGUUGAUGCAGAUGGUGUGCCUGUUCUCAUCGGAGCUAUAGUUGCUCCUUCUAAAGAGUGUAUGCAGGGGGAGGGUGGCCAUGCUCUUCAGGGGCACGCAGUGCGAGCUUUGGCGAACAUAUGCGGUGGAAUGUCUUCUCUAAUACUAUAUCUUGGAGAACUUUCCCAGUCCCCACGCUUAGCUGCUCCUGUUGCUGAUAUAAUUGGAGCGCUUGCCUACUCUCUUAUGGUUUUUGAACAAUCUGGUGUUGAAGAAGAGCCCCUGGAUGCUAUGAAGAUAGAGAGAAUCCUAGUUGUUCUUCUGAAGCCUCGAGAUGAUAAGCUGGUCCAGGAACGUCUUCUUGAGGCAAUGGCCAGCCUCUAUGGGAACACCAAUCUGUCAAGAUGGGUCAAUCAAGCUGAUGCAAAGAAGGUGCUUGUUGGACUCAUAACAAUGGCUGCUGCUGAUGUGCAAGAGUACUUGAUGCUUUCUCUGAUAAGCUUCUGUUCUGAUGGUGUGGGUAUCUGGGAGGCUAUUGGAAAGAGAGAAGGCAUGCAACUAUUGAUAUCAUUGCUGGGGUUGUCCAGUGAACAGCAUCAAGAGUAUGCUGUUAAGUUGCUGUCCAUCCUGACUGAACAUGUUGAUGAGAGUAAGUGGGCAAUCACUGCAGCUGGGGGAAUUCCUCCACUGGUACAAUUAUUAGAGAUGGGAUCCCAGAAGGCAAGGGAGAAUGCAGCACAUGUUCUAUGGAAUUUAUGCUGUCACAGUGAGGACAUUCGUGCCUGUGUUGAAAGUGCUGGAGCUGUUCCGGCAUUCUUAUGGCUUCUAAAAAGUGGUGGACCAAAGGGACAGCAAGCCUCAGCUAAAGCAUUAACAAAGCUUAUACGGACAGCUGAUUCUGCUACCAUUAAUCAGUUGCUGGCUUUGCUCCAGGGAGACUUCCCAAGCUCAAAGGCCCACAUAAUUAGGGUUUUGGGUCAUGUAUUGACCAUGGCAUCGCAAAGUGAUCUUGUGCAGAACGGAGGUGAAGCCAAUAAAGGGCUGAGGUCACUAGUCCAGGUUCUCAAUUCCUCUAAUGAGGAAACCCAAGAGUAUGCAGCUUCUGUCCUAGCUGAUCUAUUCAGCACCAGACAAGAUAUCUGUGACAGUCUUGCAACUGACGAAGUUGUGAAUCCUUGCAUGAAGCUUUUGACCAGCAACACUCAAGUCAUUGCAUCACAGUCAGCUCGAGCCUUGAGUGCUUUGUCCCGUCCAAGCAAGACUAGCAACAAGAUGUCAUAUAUUGCUGAAGGGGAUGUCAAACCUUUGAUUAAGUUGGCAAAAACUUCUUCAGUUGAUGCUUCUGAGACUGCGGUGGCAGCAUUGGCCAAUCUUCUGUCAGAUCCCCAGAUAGCUGCAGAAGCACUAGCAGAAGAUGUUGUUUCUGCAUUGACUAGAGUGUUGGGGGAAGGAACUCCUGAAGGUAAGAAGAACGCAUCACGUGCCCUUCACCAAUUACUGAAACAUUUUCCAGCAGGUGAUGUGCUCAACGGCAGUGCUCAGUGUCGCUUUACUGUUCUUUCUGUUGUGGAUUCCUUAAAUGUAAUGGAUAUGGAUGGGACUGAAAUUGUUGAUGCUUUAGAACUUGUUGCACUACUGGCAAGGACAAAACAAAGUGUGAACUGCACUUAUCUCCCUUGGUCUGCCCUUGCUGAAGUUCCAUCAAGCUUAGAGCCUCUUGUCUGCUGCCUGGCUGAAGGUUCUCCUCUAGUGCAAGACAAGGCCAUAGAAAUUCUGUCUAGGCUUAGUGGGGAUCAACCAGUAGUAUUAGGUGACCUCUUGAUUGCAAAAUCUAAAUCCAUUUUUGGACUGGCCAACAGAAUAAUGAACUCUACCAGUUUGGAGGUGAGAGUAGGAGCAGCAGCAUUGCUCAUCUGUGCUGCCAAAGAACAUAAAAUCCAGUCAAUGGAUGCACUAGAUGUGUCAGGAUACAUAAAACCCCUGAUAUACACAUUAGUAUAUAUGAUGAAGCAGAAUUCUAGUUGUUCUUCUCUAGAAAUUGAGGUCCGAACUCCUAGAGGUUUUGUGGAAAGAACUGCUUUUCAUGAAGGAGAGGAGUUUGAUGUUCCUGAUCCAGCCACUGUUUUGGGUGGUACAGUUGCUUUAUGGUUGCUAUCAAUAAUCUCUUCAUUUCAUACAAAGAAUAAACUUACUGUAGUGGAAGCUGGAGCACUUGAAGCCCUCUCUGAUAAGCUCACAACUUAUACUUCCAAUCCACAGGCAGAAUUUGAGGAUACUGAGGGCAUAUGGAUAAGUGCCUUGCUCCUGGCUAUAUUAUUUCAAGAUGCAAAAGUUGUGUCAUCUCCUACAACAAUGCGUAUAAUACCUUCGCUUGCACUUUUGCUGAAAUCUGAAGAAGUUAUUGACAGGUUUUUUGCUGCCCAGGCAAUGGCUAGUCUUUCUUGUAAUGGAAGCAAGGGAAUUAAUCUUGCAAUUGCAAACUCGGGUGCAGUUUCUGGGUUAAUAACCCUAAUUGGUUGCAUAGAGUCCGAUAUGCCAAACCUUGUUGCUUUGUCUGAAGAAUUUUCUCUGGUAAGGAAUCCAGAUCAAGUAGUUCUUGAACAUCUGUUUGACAUUGAAGAUGUGAGAGUUGGUUCCACUGCACGCAAAACUAUCCCUUUGUUGGUGGAUCUUUUGAAACCAAUGCCAGAUAGACCAGGUGGGCCUCCAACUGCCGUUCACCUCCUGACUCGAAUUGCAGAUGGCAGUGAUACGAACAAAUUAAUUAUGGCUGAAUCUGGAGCCCUGGAAGCUCUUACAAAGUACCUAUCUUUGAGUCCCCAAGACUUGACUGAGGCAACCAUAUCAGAAUUACUGAGAAUAUUAUUUAGCAACCCUGAUCUUCUUCGUUAUGAGGCAUCUGUUAGUUCCUUGAAUCAGCUCAUAGCUGUUUUACGGUUGGGAUCAAGGAGUGCCAGAUUGAGUGCUGCUAGAGCUCUUCAUGAACUUUUUGAAGCAGAGAACAUUAGAGAUUGUGAAAUAGCCAAGCAAGCAGUUCAUCCUUUGGUUGACAUGCUUGAAGCUGCAUCAGAAUUUGAGCAACAUGCUGCGCUCAUUGGCUUGAUUAAGCUGACUUCAGGAAAUCCUUCAAAAGCUGCUCUGAUGACUGAUGUGGAAGGGAACCCCCUUGAGAGCUUAUAUAAAAUUUUGGCUUCCUCUUCUUCCUUAGAAUUGAAGACAAAUGCUGCAAAGCUAUGUUUUGUUUUCUUUGGUAAUCCAAAGUUCAGGGCAAUGCCAAUUGCCUCUGAGUGCAUAGAGCAUUUUCUAUCACUGAUUCAAUCUGAUAAAGAUACUGCAGUGGAAUCUGCUAUUUGUGCUUUUGAUAGAUUGUUGGAAGAUGAACAGCAUGUAGAGUUUGCUGCAGCUUAUGAUGUUAUCAAUCUCCUCGUUGGUUUGGUUUCUGGCUCAAAUAAUCGGCUUAUUGAGUCUAGUAUCUCAGCUCUCAUUAAGUUGGGCAAAGACCGAACUCCCCGCAAGUUGGAUAUGGUUAAAGCUGGCAUCAUUGACAACUGUCUUGAGCUUCUUCCCACAGCACCAAGUGAAUUGUGCUCAUCAAUUGCUGAACUCUUCCGCAUCUUGACAAAUAGUAGUGCAAUUUCUAAAAGCUCUGCUGCUGCAAAAGUUGUUGAACCGCUUUUUCUGGUUUUGCUUCGUCCAGAUAUAAGUCUUUGGGGCCAGCAUAGUGCCUUGCAGGCGCUUGUUAAUAUUUUGGAGAAACCACAGAGCCUUGCAACUUUGAAACUUACUCCAAGCCAGAUCAUUGAGCCUCUGAUUUCAUUUCUUGAAUCGCCGUCCCAAGCUAUUCAGCAGCUUGGCACAGAAUUACUAUCUCAUCUUCUUGCUCAGGAGCAUUUUAAGCAAGAUAUAACAACAAAAGGUGCAGUAGUUCCCCUUGUGCAACUUGCAGGAAUUGGAAUCUUGAACUUGCAGCAAACAGCAAUUAAGGCACUGGAAAGUAUCUCUUUAAGCUGGCCAAUGGUAGUUGCUGAUGCUGGAUGUAUAUUCGAACUUGCAAAGGUUAUUAUUCAAGAUGACCCUGAACCACCACUUGUAUUGUGGGAAUCAGCUGCACUGGUUCUCUCCAAUGUUCUAAAUUCAAAUGCUGGUUACUAUUUUAAAACACCAAUUAUUGUUCUUGUGAAGAUGUUGCACUCAACACGGGAGGAUACAGUUACAGUGGCUCUUAAUGCAUUGAUUGUUCAAGAGUCAAGUGAUGCUUCCAGUGCCGAACUCAUGACUGAAGCUGGUGUGAUUGAUGCCCUGUUAGACCUAUUAAGAUCUCACCAGUGUGAAGAGGCAUCUGGAAGACUACUUGAAGCUUUAUUCAAUAAUGUGAGGGUACGAGAAAUGAAGGUUUCCAAGUAUGCAAUAGCACCUUUAGCACAAUAUCUAUUAGACCCACAAACUAGAUCUCAGUCUGGCAGGCUUCUUGCAGCUCUUUCACUUGGCGACCUUUCUCAGCAUGAAGGUCUUGCUAGAGCCAGUGAUUCUGUAUCUGCAUGCCGAGCACUGACAAGCUUGCUUGAAGAUCAGCCAACAGAAGAAAUGCAAGUGGUGGCUAUAUGUGCAUUGCAAAACUUUGUUAUGCGCAGUAGAACUAAUAGACGAGCAGUUGCAGAAGCUGGAGGUAUAUUGGUUAUUCAAGAAUUGCUUCUCUCUGCAAAUUCGGAGGUUGCUGCACAGGCUGCUUUGCUCAUCAAGUUCUUGUUUUCAAAUCACACACUUCAAGAAUAUGUAUCAAAUGAGCUUAUCAGAUCUUUGACAGCUGCACUAGCGAAAGAAUUGUCCUCCACUGCAACAAGUUUCAAUGAAGAAGUACUGAGAACUAUACAUGUUAUAUUCACCAACUUCCCCAAACUCCACAUUUCUGAGGCAGCUACCCUCUGCAUUUCUCAGUUGGUAACAGCGCUUAAGUGUGGGAAUGAACCUGUGCAGGAUACUGCAUUGGACAUCUUAUGCUUAUUAAAACAUUCUUGGUCAACCAUGCCUAUAGAUGUUUCAAAAUCUCAAGCUGUGAUUGCAUCUGAAGCCAUACCCACUCUUCAAAUGCUGAUGAAAACCUGCCUGCCUGGUUUCAUCGAGAAAGCAGACAGCCUGUUGCAUUGUAUACCAGGUUGUUUGACUGUUACCAUUAAGAGUGCAAAUAAUCUGAAGCAAGUCAUGGGAGGGACAAAUGCUUUUUGUCGAUUGAUGAUAGGUAAUGGGCCUCCACGACAAACUAAGGUGGUGAGCGGCAGCACCUCACCUGAAUGGAAAGAAGCGUUUACAUGGGCGUUUGAUGUACCACCAAAGGGACAGAAACUACACAUAGAGUGUAAAAGCAGAAGUACUUUCGGAAAGACGAGCUUAGGCAGAGUGACGAUCCAAAUUGACAAAGUUGUGAGCGAAGGCGUAUACAGUGGACUCUUCAGCCUUAACCAUCAAGGCAGCAAGGACGGGAGCUCCCGAACACUUGAAAUUGAGAUUACCUGGUCCAACAGGAUAUCUGAGGAAAGUGUGUGAACGAAUAAUGGGCUAAGCACAGCGAAAUUAACCAUUGCAGGGUAUUAGCUGAUCAAAGUAAUGGUAAGGAGUCAUUCUAUUCCAGUGAGGGAGGGAUCAGGAGGUUGGUUUGCUCAUGAGUAUUCCGCAUCUCCUGAAGACAGUUUUGUAAAUUUGUGAAGAGUCUAUGCUUGCGUUGUAAAAUGCACAAGGUUGAGUUAUUUAUGAAGGUGAGAGAGUGAAAUCAUAGGAAAAAAAGGGUUUGUCAAGAUGUAGAAAUGCUGUCUAGAAAGUUUGUUUUGUACAGAUCAGUCUUAGGUGCUAAGUAGUUACUUAAGCAUGUUAGAGGAGAAUGGGACCAAGCUUUUGCUGCAGAGUGCUCCCACUUUAAAAGGGGUAAAUAGGCUGCACUUCUGCCUCUGUUGUUAUAGUUGGCGACUCAUUUACCACCACAUAUAAAGAAAGAGUGAUUACCUUC